UUCGUUUCGUUUCUGCCAUUUCAACUUUAAUUUUCUAACUACCCCUAGUCCCAUACUAUGACAUUCUCGUUAUGGCUCUCACGCAGGAAACAAACACAAUUAAUGAUGUAGCAGUGCAACUUGUUGAGCGAAGCAGUGCCCCUGGUGGUGUCCAAUUGGUCAAUUCUCACAAUGCACACAAGUCAUCUCCUGUCGACUUGGUUGAGCUAGCUCAACAAAUACAGAAGGGUAAUGAAUUCAUUCGUGCCAACGCCAUCAACAGGCUGACCGUGAUUGCUGACCAAAUAAAAUACCUCCAAGAUCAGGCAAAAAAGGUCUUAGAAGAGUCCCACAGAGAUGGCAUGCUUCAUCAUGUUGCUUGUAAUAUAGUGAAAAAACCUGGUCAUGUCUAUUAUUUGUACAAGAAACCCACCGGUCAAGAUUUUCUCUCCAUCAUAUCACCUGAGGAAUGGGGACCAACGUGUUCAAAUGAUUUCAUUGGUGCUUUCCGCCUGGAGCACGACCAAUCUUGGACUCCUAUUGAGAAUGUUGAGAAACGAGACAAGGAAAUACAGUUGAUGGAGAAAAUCAUUGGCACUCACAGGGACUUAUCUAAAGAGGCUGGCAUCACUUUCAGUACGUUGACUGGCACCAGCGAAGGGAAACCUGAUGAGAAGCUAGCACUCUCCCAAAGCUAGGUUCUGUGGGAUUGAUCGAUUUCUUUCUUUUUUUUCCUCACCUCCAUACUAACACCUUACAAACUUUUAAAUAAACUAUUUUGACAAUGGGUUUUUAAGAAAUCAAAA